CGGUGCGGGCCUCCAAGCGGGGAGGAAUGAAUGGCGGCCCGAGGCUCCGCAGCCAGGCCGGGGCGCGCCGGCUCUAGCCGGGAAUAGCCAGUGCUCGGUCGGGGCGGGCCGCCUUCCCGCAGCAUGGAGGACGACGCGCCGGUGAUCUACGGGCUGGAGUUCCAGGCUCGGGCCUUGACACCUCAGACUGCGGAGACGGACGCCAUUCGCUUUCUGGUCGGGACACAGUCUCUUAAAUAUGACAACCAGAUCCACAUCAUAGACUUUGACGAUGAAAAUAACAUCAUCAACAAGAACGUCCUCCUCCACCAAGUGGGUGAAAUCUGGCACAUCAGUGCCAGCCCCGCAGACAAGGGAGUGCUGGCGACUUGCUACAGCAAAACUUCUGACAGCAAGGUCCUGACAUGUGCGGCCGUGUGGAGGAUGCCCGAGGAGCUGGAGUCAGCCGGCCACGAGUCCCCAGACGACUCUGCAAGCCCUGCACAGAGCCUGGAGUUGCUAUGCCACCUGGAUGACGGCGCCCGUGGCAGCGCAGCCUGUGUGACCUGGGAGCCCAUGGGAGAUGGGAAGAAGGUCAUCUCCUUGGCCGACAACCACAUCCUGCUGUGGGACUUGCAGCAGAGCUCCGGCCGGGCUGUGCUGGCGAGCUCCGCCUCCCUGGAAGGCAAGGGGCAGCUGAAGUUCACAGCGGGACGGUGGAGCCCGCACCACAACUGCACCCAGGUGGCCACGGCCAACGACACCUCCGUCCGCGGGUGGGACACACGGAGCAUGAGUCAGGUGUACUGCAUUGAGAAUGCCCACGGACAGCUGGUGCGUGACCUUGACUUCAACCCCAAUAAGCAGUACUACUUAGCGAGCUGUGGGGAUGACUGCAAGGUGAAGUUCUGGGACACACGGAACGUGACGGAGCCUGUGAAGACCCUGGAGGAGCACUCCCACUGGGUGUGGAACGUGCGCUACAACCACUCUCAUGACCAGCUGGUGCUCAGCGGCAGCAGCGACAGCAGAGUCAUCCUGUCCAACAUGGUGUCCAUCUCCUCCGAGCCCUUCGGCCACCUGGUGGACGACGAUGACAUCAGUGACCAGGAGGAGCACCACCCGGAAGAGAAGAGCAAGGAGCCGCUGCAGGACAACGUCAUCGCCACCUACGAGGAGCACGAAGACAGUGUCUACGCUGUGGACUGGUCCUCGGCUGACCCCUGGCUCUUCGCUUCGCUGAGCUAUGAUGGGAGGCUGGUCAUCAACCGGGUCCCCAGGGCUCUCAAGUACCACAUACUGCUCUAGCCGCAAGCUGCAGCCCCUGGCAGCGUGCGGCGCCUUGGAGGCCAGCAGCGGCCAGCAGACCCGUGCUGACAGCAGUGCCACCUGCCUCCCUCCUGGGCACCAGGAGGAGCCACCAGCAGUCUCCUCCCAUGCCAUGUGGUCCUGCUCAGCUCCUGGCUUCCGUUCAAGGGGUGUGGGGAGUUCCACUUUGUACAGAGAAAGCCCUGUUCCCGCCACGUUACACAUCUUUCUGUUGAGAGUGGAAAGGGACUAAAGAGAGGGAGGCUGUGGUGUGGGUGCCCGGCUGUGGCCUGUGCCACACUGGUCAUCCUGGCUUCUCACUGCGGCCUUGGGAGGGCUGCUCCCUGUCGUGCUGGGAGUCGGCCUUGGCUUCUGCUCUGUGCUCCUGGGGACUCCCU